AUGCUGCCAGGCUGUGUGACAGUGGUGUCAAGCUCGUGCAGUCCUCCUGGGUGCCCUGAAACAGUGCACCGGCAGGCGCUAACCCAGGAAGAUCCGCACAAGGAAGGGGAGCCGACACAGGCCCCACUGCCCCCCCGAAACAACAAAGGCAGCGGGGCAGGCAGUCUCCAUCCGGGUGAUGCAGGGGAGAGCCCGAGUUAUUACCUCGGAGCCGGACGCGGAAAGCAGCAUGCUCUCUUCCGGGUUGGGAGAAAUUGCAGCGCAAGCUCCCGAACGCAAAACCGAGCGAUCGGAGUCAGGGGAGAGGGAAAAAAGAUGGACACAUUUUUGAAGACAAUAAAGGAAGCAGAGGAGGAUUUUAAAAAAUUUGAAGGCCAAAAAAGAAAAGUGAAGGUGCUCUAUGACCUUAACCAAGGCAUGCCAGUCGAUGUAAUACAACUUGAGACAACUUUGUCAAUCGAGCUUGAAAAGGAGGAACGAUCACUGAAAACUAUCAUGGGCAUGUUGACCAGCGACAAACCUGGAAGUGACACAUAUUUGGUCAAUAUUCAGGCAUUUGAAAAGAUUGACUUUCUGUCUAAAAGCACAUAUUUCAAAGAACUGUGGAGAGAAACAGCAAAACAAGCCAAGAACACAGAGUUUAAGGAUGUUGCAUUAAUUCCACUUGACCAAAUCUACGAUAAUAUUUACAAACCAGCCUUUGAAGAAUUUAAAAACACCUACAAGGCCUUGAGGGACCUCUCGAUGACUCUUCAGGACUUGAAGAGUAAACUGGGCAAAUAUUUAGAUAGCAUGUCAAACGAACUGAAUACAAUGGCAGAGGUGUUCAGUGAGGAUCCACGUGAAAUGAUUCACAAGACCGAUAAACACAUUAAACUUUAUAGAACUCUUCAGUCUGCAAAAGAAAAUGCAGAAGUGAUCAUUGAACUAAAUAACCUCGGGCUGUGUGGAGAGUUUGAUGACAUUGAUAAACUCAAGAAUAUGGACUUCAGUUGCUUGCGUGAUCUCACUGAAAAUGUGGCCAAAGCUGGAAACGAACUGAAGAAAAUUUCAAAGGAAACAAAUAGCUUUCUAAGACAAUUUAAUGAAUGCAUCAGACGAGGAUUCAUCUCGUGGAUUAAAGAAAUUAUAAAAGACACCGGAGAGCUAACAGCAUUUGUGGAGCUGGCCUCAAUCUCUGCUGGAGAAAAUGCCAUGGACAUUGAUAAAGUGUGCUAUUUCAGAGAUGCCAUAUCUGCUGCUGCACCACUCAUAUAUCAGUUGUCUGAAAGAUCUGGUACUAAAGAGCUCCUGCAAGCUGUCAAUAAGCUUGGUUUUGCUUUGGAAAGUGACCAGGAGCUGCAGAAUAAACUAAAAGACUCCUGCACCAACAUGGAGUGGCUCAAAAUUGCCUAUGAGACUCAUGGUUCUGUUGAGAGGUCAUCUUUGCAACAGGCCACAGAUAUCAAUGACAAUGGGAUUUACAUAAUCAAAAUUCCAUCUGAUGCUCAGGGAAAGAUUAAUCUAGAAAAUUGCCUCACAUUAAGGUGCAAGGAAAAGUUGUCUGAUGGACAGGAUGCAAAAUACAGAACAUACGGUCUUGCUGAGCUUCAAGAUCUGCACAACAAGCUGAUGCUGAUUACUGUCAGUGUUAAAAAUCGAGAGGAUGAAAUCACAACCUACAUUGAGGUUUUGGAGCAGAUAAUAAAUGUGGGAAAGUGCUUCCUUGACCUCCGUGAUGCUGGACAUAUUCUCUUUAAAGACUGGGAGAUGACUGCCUACUGCCAACAAACACAUGAUAUUAAAAUAUGGGUGAAGUUUGGUAUUGCAAAUGUAGAGAUCAAAGGUCACAGAUCGUUGCUAGUUGAGUUGAACGGACUGUGUGAAAGCAUGAGGAGCUGUCUCUCUGAAUGGUUAACGUACACAGAGCAGAAAAGGAACACUUACUACUACUUAAAUUUCUUCACAGCAAAGCAGCUAGUCUAUCUGUGUUGCUCUUUGGCUGAAUAUCGGAUUGGGUGGAAGAACAUUAGCACUAGUCUUCUCAACAUGUUAGCCAUCAUGAAGGACGACAUUCAAGAAAGUGAUCUGCAGAACGCUCUCACCAGAGCACUCAAAACCCCAGUUGAAAGUGCUGGAUCCCAAGCAUCAAUCGAGCUUAAGAAGUUCCUCACUGAUUAUCCAGACAUGAUAGCGUAUUUUCUCGAUACAGGUUUUACAGAGGAAGAGACCAAAGCAGCAAUUAUAUAUUGUGAGGAAGAUGAGCAAGUAGAAGGAGGAGAUAUAGACUCAAGGACUGUAGAGGAGUAUCGAGACAGUGUGAUGCAAUGCAUUGAUGAUCAUCAGAAUGAUGAAGAAUGGGUCAAUGAGUGGUGUGAGAAAUACGAGACAAGGCGGGAUAGUGUCCUUAAAAAUCAAAUGAAAUUCAAAGGUGGACUCACGACAGAAGAAGUUUCUUUUUCAAUGACACAGGAGCAGAUUGCAGCGGCAUUUGACAACUUGGAAAAUUCUGAUGAGAAGAUUGUAAUGCUUUGGAAGACAUACCACAACAAACUCUCAGGACUCGUAUCAGACAAGUUUGUAGACUUAGAUGUUCUUGGAGAAACCAUGAACCAUCUUGCCAAAUCUGCUGAAGUAACCGUGACACGAAAACUGCCAAUCACUUUGGAAAGGGGCAAACCCAACCUGAUUUGCUGUAAAGAUGUUGAAAUGCUUCCACUUUGCUUAUCACUGUACAGUGAUAAAGAGCAGUCAUUGCCAACCUAUGAUGAAAUUCUGGUCUGUACCUCUGAGACGACUGCAGAAGAGGUGGAACUGAUCAUCAGGAGAGCUGUACAACCUGGCAGCACACAUGAGAAGAUCUACUGCUUGCUAAAUGCAGACCAACUAAAUCAUGAUGUGUCUCGGAAUUUCGAGUCCAUUUUUUACAAAAAAACUCAGGAGUCACAUGUCCAGGGAGGCACGUAUAAGAACGAUUAUCAGUUAAUUAUUUUUUGUGACUCAAAGGCAUAUCACAGUUAUGUUGCCACUGCUUUUGACAUGUUUAAGAGGACGGUUACCGAGAAUCCAAAUCAAAAUGAGGAAAUUAAACAGUACCUCCUUCACAAGCACCAAACAUCCUCAGAAGCUGGAACUGCAUUUACAGAAUUGAACCAACCUGAUAAAUUUCAGCUGAAAACAAAAAUCAUUUUCUCUGAACAUGCAGGAAUGGGAAAAUCCCUGUAUGUGAAAAAUCUUGUGAAAGAGUCUGAAGGAAGUCUCAGAAGUGCAGGAUUUACUCAUAAAACAAUCCGGAUAAACCAGUCACACCUGAGGACUGAGGACAUUGUCUCUGAGCUGCAGCAGUAUGAGGACAAACCCACAGACAAAUUCCCAAGAAUCUUUCACUUUGACAUUCCUCCUGUGGUGACAAAAGGACUGUACACCUUUCUGCUGCAGCUGUUUGUGUUGAGGUGUUUCCAGAGCCCUGAUGGGAUCAUAUGGAGAUACAAUCACUCCCACAUUUACUUAGUGGAAUACACAAAACGAAAGCACAGGGAAUGUGACCGGCACAGCUCUGAGGUUUCAUCUCAAGUAGAAGAUGCAAUUUUGGAAAUGUUACCAUCUGUGAAGUGUCUUACCCCUGAGGAAACCCUGAGACACCUAGAGCAGCAAGGAUCGUAUGAUAAAGACUACCGGCUGAUGGACGAUGCAGAGUUUCGUAGUGAAGCCUUUCAGCGCACUUACCAGUACUUUAAAAUCUACAGACUAAAACAAGACAAACUGGAGAGCUUCUCGUUCAGUCCUGGAUCUGUGGAAGAUUCACCAAAAGAAUGGUUGGAGUGUCUGUUGCAGUUCUGUGACAUUAAAAACCCAUCUUGGGGAGAACUCAGAAAUUUUACACACUUUCUAAACAGUCAGUUGAAGAAAUGUGAGCAGUCUAUUUUUUGUAGCCCUGCCUUAAAAGAUGACCUGACAGGCUUUAAAAAAUUUGUUGUGAAAUUCAUGAUGACAAUGUCCAAGGAUUUUUCCAUGAGAUCUCUGAAGACAUCGGAUGACAGUGAUAAGACAGCAGAAGAUGGAGCAGCAGAAGACAUAGUUCUCAGAGAAUUUCAGCUGCGAAGACGAUGGGAGCAACAGGCACAUCCUUACAUCUUAUUCAAUGCGGAUAAUGAGUCCAUGACGUUUUUAGGAUUCCACAUUCACAAUUUAGAUGCAGUUGAUGCUCAGACUAAGGAGGUAGUGGAAAAGAGGAUUAUUGAUAAGAGGCUUUUUAGCCAGUUGUCAGCUCAAAGAGUGCCCUUUAACAUUAACUUUGAGAAACUGCGCCGUGUUGAACAACUUCAUAUUAUUGGCAGAGUGCUAGGUGUCAGUACUGUGAUGGAUCCAGAUGAUACGUAUCAGUUGACUUUAGAUAAUGUGAUGAAAAUCCUUGCGAUUCACCUUCGAUUUGAAUCUGACAUUCCUGUGAUCAUCAUGGGAGAAACAGGAUGUGGAAAGACCCGACUGGUCCAGUUCAUGUGUGACCUGCUGAGAUCAAGGAAGCAGAGACAAAACCUGAUUGUAGUGCGAGUGCAUGGAGGCACAUCAUCAGAGGUCAUUUACCAGAAAGUGAGGAAGGCAAUCGAGAUUUCAAAAGAGAACGAAAAGUAUAAUUUAGAUACAGUGCUAUUCUUUGAUGAAGCUAAUACAACAGAAGCUGUUAAUGCAAUCAAAGAGGUGAUGUGUGACAAGACGGUAAAUGGGGAACAAAUUGAUGCACCUAGACUUAAGAUCAUUGCAGCGUGUAAUCCCUACAGAAAGCACUCAAAGGAGGCCAUAGAGCAACUGGAAAGAGCUGGACUGGGAUACAGAGUCAGAAGUGAGAAUACGGAGGAGAAACUUGGGCAGAUACCAAUGCGUCAGCUGGUCUACAGAGUUCAGCCACUACCACCAAGCCUUACUCCUCUGGUGUGGGACUUUGGAAAGUUAAAUGAGCUCACACAGGAGCUUUAUAUCACACAGAUGGUCAAGACUUUCUUUUGCAAAGAAAACCUCCCCAAUGCUGAACAGCAGGCUUUAUUUACAAAGGUAAUCUCUGCCUCUCAGAAGCAUAUGGCAGAGCUUACUGAUGAAUGCCGGAUGGUCAGUCUCAGAGACAUAGAGCGAUGCUUGAAAACAGUCAUGUGGUUUUAUCAACAAAGGCAGAAAUUAUUUAAGGAAAUUGACAAAAUUAGAGGAAACAAAGGAGGUGUUGAUGAUGAUCUGGUGCGAUCACUUAUUCUUGCAGUCGGAGUCUGCUACAUGGCUUCACUAGAGAAACGAGAUGAAUACUUGGAACAAGUUUCAAAAGCUUUCUCUCUGUCCUGCAGUGAUAUUCUGACAGAGAUUGAGCUUUGUAAAGAUGUAUUCAUCUCAAACGUUGACUGUCCAACUUCAGUGGCAAAGAAUAAAGCUCUGAAAGAGAAUGUAUUCAUGAUGGUUGUGUGCAUGAACUUAAGAAUCCCUUUGUUUCUGAUUGGAAAACCUGGAAGCUCAAAAUCUUUGUCCAAGACAAUUGCUGCUCAUGCAAUGCAGGGCAAGGCUUCUCCAAAUGAUCUUUUUAAAGGAUACAAGCAGGCACAGCUGGCCUCAUUCCAGUGCAGCCCACACUCAUCUCCUGAUGGCAUCAUCUCAAUAUUCAGGCAGUGUGCACAGUUCCAGAAUGAGAAAAAUUUGAAUGAAUAUGUUGCUGUUGUGGUCCUGGAUGAAAUUGGAUUGGCAGAAGACUCUCCAAAAAUGCCACUGAAAACAUUACACCCCCUCCUGGAAUAUGGAUGUGUUGAUGAUGAAAGUCCUAAUGAGUUCAAGAAAGUUGGAUUUAUUGGAAUUUCCAACUGGUCAUUGGAUCCAGCAAAGAUGAAUCGUGGUAUUUUGGUUCUGAGAACAUCUCCUGCGACAGAUGAGCUGGAAAGUACAGCUUGUGACAUUUGUUCAAGUGAUAAGGAACCAGUCAACACAGAGAUUGCAUGUUUGAUUCGAAAGCUUACCAAGUUCUACUUAAAAGUACUUAAAGAACAGAAAACUGAAUUCUUUGGCCUCAGGGAUUUUUACAGUCUCGUAAAGUUGGUUGUGUCUUAUGCCAUUAAAAAAAAUGGCAGUCCUUCAGAUGAGGAUCUAACAAGAGCUGUGCAAAGGAAUUUUGAUGGUUUGGAUUCUCUCAAUGUUUUGGAAAUUUUUUCUCUCAAUGUUUUGGAAACUAUUUAUGAAUCAAGUACUAAGAAAUGUGACACGGUCUCACUUCUCAGAGAAAACCUGGACAUAAGGACCUCAGGAUUUACUUCCAGGUACCUUCUGCUGCCAACAAUCAAUCAUGCUGCUCUUCAGAUUUUAAAAUCCCAGAACAUCAUUGAUGAAAGCAGUGUUGAAAUCAUCUUUGGCUCAGGAUUUCCACAUGAUGAGGAAUACUCACAGGUUUGUCGCACAGUAAACAGAGUAAAAACAUGCAUGGAGACAGGAAGGUCAGUUGUCCUUCUCAAUAUUCAAAGCCUAUAUGAGAGUCUCUAUGAUGCAUUGAAUCAGUGCUACGUAAAAUUAGGUGGGAGUUACUACGUUGACCUGGGGCUAGGAUCCCAUAGAGUUAAAUGCAGAGUCAAAGAUGAAUUUCGACUGAUUGUCAUUGAAGAGAAGAGAACAGUGUAUGAGCAGUUCCCAACACCACUGCUAAAUCGACUGGAAAAACACUGCUUGGAGAUGAGCAAUAUUCUCCCAGACCAUGCUCAGGAGAUGAAGACUGAAUUGGAGGACUGGCUGAACCUAUUUGUUACACGGGAUUCAAAUGAGCGAGACCAGCUCCUUACCACCAGUAGGAAAUACGACACUAUAGUUGGUUACACAGAAGACACAUGCUCGUCUAUCGUUCUAGUGUGCGCUCCACAAAUAUUGUCCCAGGAACUGGAUCAAGAUGAGAGAGUGAAAGUUCUUGAAAAGGCCCAGGAAAUGCUUCUUCAGUGUGCAACCCCAGAUUCAGUUUUGAGAGCAACUAAUUACAUGGAGGAACAUUCUGAGAGAUUUCUUGAGGUGUAUUUUACAAAGCAGCCACAUGGCAACCUAAUAGAAGCUUUAAAAAAAUACAGAGAGACUGAAACCGAUGGAAUUUCCCUUGAGGUAUCUACAUAUUCUCGACUGCUCAAUAAAAGAGAUGUGGAGAAAAUCAGUAAGGAGCUUGACAUUGUGGAAAGUGAUUCCUGUCUCUUCCUGCUGAAUGAAUUUUACACAGAGCAGUCAUUUUCUCAAACAGUGAGUGAAUUUGUUGCUGCUGAUGCAGGAGCACGCAAGCUUCUGCUUCUGCAGUCUUACUUUAAUGAUCCAAAACAAAGUCAGCGACUUCUCUUCUGUGUGAGGUGCCUUUCAAGCAAACCCGUGGCCACCAGCAUGCCUCUUUAUAGGCUCUUGGUCGCAUACCUGCAAUUAAUAAAUGCCCUGGCAGUUUUCCAGCAUCUCAUCAACGAGGUUUUCAGGGAGACCCUGAAUCGCUAUGCCUUUGUGUACCUGGACGACAUUCUCAUCUUCAGCAGUUCAUGGAAGGAACAUGUCCCUGAGCUUGAAUACACUCUGUAUCAGGGCGGCCAAGGAAUGACCUCAGCCAUCCUCAGUCGGGGGAGGUUUGUAUGGGCCGUUGAGGCCCAGGAGGCCUUUGAGGCUUUGACGGAGAGGCUGAUUUCGGCCCCGUGUUUCGGGUGCCUGAUCCAGAGGUACCAGUUCAUAGUGGAGGUCGACGCCUCUGACAUAGGAGUAGAGGUCUUUCUGUACCAGUGGUCAGGAGCAAAGAAGAGAUGCACACAUUUCUCUUGCCGGCUGAUGGUGCCAGAGAGGAAUUACGAUGUAGGAGGGGACUGUGAGCUCCAGGCCAUUAUAAUUGGCUCUGGAGGAGUGGAGGCAUUGGCUGGAUGCGACCCCCAGUCAAAGGACCCCAACAUUCAGCGGACGUUCAGGCUUUUUGUGGCUGCCUUCCAGACAUGCGCCCAAAACAAAGAGCCCCUGACGCCCCACAGGGGUUGCUCCGCCCUUGCCCAUACUGUCCAUCUGUGGUCACCCCUAUCCCUGGACGUCAUCACCGGCCUGCCUUGCUCCAGGGAAUGCCAUGUCUUGGUUGACACACACUUGUUAAUGAAGAAGUCUUUACAGAAGGGAAUUAUGCAGCUACACGACAAAGCAGAUAACAACACAAGAGCAACAAAACGUAUAGAGAUUCUCCAUGGGCUGCUACAGAAGAAAUACUCUGGUGAGAAGUCAACUGGAAACAAUCUCUUUACUAAGAGAAUAGUCAGUUUCCUCUCAGAGCUGGAGAAAAAAAGGAAAGAGAACUGGGUUGUUGCUCAGGCACUUUCUGAUCGUUUUGUUGCCGAAGGCAGUUCAUUCAGGCAUGUGCUGUGGGUUCAUCUGGAGGACAGCGUAGCCUUAGCCAUUGCCCACAUACUGGCAGUCAUUGGAGACAACAACCUCGAUAAUCUGAUCAAUGAUCAGCUGUUGGAAAAGGCUGACUUCUGGCUGAAUGCGUUUCAGGGGGAUCACUGGGAUCUGCUGCACAUUCCUGUCACUAUCUAUCAGGGCAGGUAUCUGUUCUGUCCAACAAGUGGAGACCAGACAAAGUCAUGGACUUGUCAUUUCCCAUUUAGCUGGGCUUUAAAAGAGAGAUUUGAGGAGAUUUGGUCAUGUGUCAUCAAUCUGAAAGGACCAUGUGUUAAGCCUUCUAAAAGGUACUUUGAGAAGUUUGAAGAACUGAUACCUCUCCCCUGGAUUAAAAGCAUCACACAAGGCCAUAAGCUGUUUGCUCUGUUUUCUGAAGAUCUUGUAAACAUCUCAAUGCCAUCAUGUCCACAUGAACUAAAUAAGUCUUUUUCAGAUACACUCACUAGACUCACACCACGUCUCUAUCACAAUUUAACGGGAAAAGAUCCUGACUCUGUUCCUCUGCCAUGGCUGUAUGUAGUUAAUAAGUAUAUGCAUGACAACCAUCAGCUUCUCUACACUUUAUUUUCCCAAAACAUGGAUGUGGUCACUGCUGGGGAAGCAACUGAGGCACUCAGCCAGGUUCUUCAGGGCCUUCAACCAAAAGAAAAUGAGUUGAAAGAUUUUGUCAGCUGCCAGGAGUGGCUAAAGAAAGUGAAGUCCCUGUCUGUGACUGUUGACUUGAUACUUUCAGAGGACUCGGUGAUAUCAUGUCAUGCUGAAAAUGCAGAAAUGCUAAUCACAAAAGUCAGACUUAUUUGGCAAAGUAGCUGGAUAAUCUAUCUACUGAUGGACCACCUCCUACAAAAUGAGCAGGAAAUGGAAAAGAAAUUGCUGAUCAUUCUUGUAAGAAACCUGUUGUUUGCGUGGAAAAAACUAAACUCAGAAGAAGGGAAACAGAUGGAAUUUGUGAUUGAUCAAGUCAUCCUGACUCUGGCUAAAUGUAGCAAGAAUGCUUGUAAUGUGUUUAAAGUCGUAUGUGGCUACUGUGAUAAAGAUUUCACAGAGGACAACACAGCUGAGGUGGAAUGUGGACACAUGUUUCACAUUUCUUGUUUAAAGGACCAUGAAGACUCGCAGUGUAGGAAAUGCAAAACACCGAUCAGUAAAGACUACAAACCUUGUGGAGUUGUGGCCAAAGACACCUUUCUGAAAGUGAACCGAUUUAGAAGAAAGUGCAAUUCCUUCUUCGUGGAGUUCAUGUGGAACUUUAUCAGUAGCAAAGAGCAGCUGACUGACAACAUACUGAACAAACUCAUGGACUAUGUAAGAUGUAGCCCAUCUACAGAAGCUACAAGUGGGAGGUCCACAUUACAGCAGUACAUGAACCCAGACCCGGCUGUCCAGUCUCUCGUACUCAAGAUCCUACUGAAAUGCGGAAUGGAGGAAACAGCACCUCAGCUCCAGAUGUUCAUUAAAGAGGCUGUGAAAUCAAACGAGAGGAACGCUGAUGAAAUCUACUUCAUGGUGGUGCGCAGCAUCGAGGAUCACAUCCGCUUUUCCAGUCAAGGAUGUCUCAUAAACAAGGCAGUCAAAUGUCUUGGUACCUGUGUGUUUAUCGAGUCUGACCAGAACAUGAUUUCUGAGGAUCUACACACCAUCGCAAAACUGCGGUUUGCCAUCACGGUUGCAUCUGAGGCCAUCAGGAUUGUACUGUGUGAAGAGGUCACAGAUGAUGCUGAAGAGUGCAGACAUCUCCUACAACGCUUGAAACAGCUUUUGUCUGACACGGACAAUCCGUGGAUACAGAUAUUCCUUUUACGCAACAUCUGUGAGACACAUGGAUUCAGCCUGGUCCAUCAACUGGGACAGAGUGAGAGGUUUCAGUGGACUAUACCGAGUGAGGUGUUAGAAGAACAGGACUCUACACGAGCAGUGGAUCAGUUCCUGAUGUAUGGAAAAAUGUAUGAGAAGAUAGUCGUAGACUCGUUCAGAGCUUUAAAAGAGCCUUCACAUGAGAUUGCACAGGAGUUUGAAGGCAGCGCGUGUUUCCAGGUGUGUAUGGCAUUAGCUGCAUUCAGGCAGCUCACACAGAACACAGCUUCAGCCGACAGUACAGGCUCUCUGAUCACGAAGAUGAAGAUGAAGUCAAACGCAGACACCAGCUGGGGUCAGCUUGUUAAAAUCUCUCAAUCAGAGCUUGGGGAUUGCAGUCUGUCACAGAUUAUCUUACACACUGCCCUAGUAGCACACGUUUCUACAGCACCAGAGAUGAAACUGCUAAAUGCUCUGUGCUUCAGUCCAGGAAACUGCAAGGAUUCCUUCAUCCCAACUAUGCCUAACUCAGUAAAUGAAAUAAAAGACUGGAUUAAAAACUUUAAAUCCGAAGCUCAAGCAGAAAAUCUGAAGAUAUGGGUGUGUGUUUGUGGAGAACCUGUUUUAAUUGGAAAUUGUGGGAGACCAUAUGUAACAUCAGUGUGUGCUAACUGUGGCAGUAAAGUUGGUGGUGAGAGACACAUACCAGUAGAAGGUUUCACAGAGUUCAGUAAUGUACAGGGCAGCGGAAGAGGUCACAACCUCGGUGAUCCUAGCAGACGGAAGGAGCAGGUUGGAGAGAGAAGUCUUUAUGGUGCUAACCUCCACUUGGUGCGAGCUUUAAUACACUCCUCCAUGAUCUGGGGUACAACUGAACACACUGAGGAUGUUCAGAAUCUCACGGAGAUGCCACAAGGAGCACUGAAUAUCAGGAAGCACCUCUUUGACCACCUUCAGAAGGACAUUGAGCUGCUCGCCCAAGCUUUAGGAAAGAGUGAGCAAGAUGCUGAGAUGACCGUCCACUUGUUUCUGAGGUUCAUAUUGGAGAGCUCCUCUGAGCCGAACCUUCAGAUCCAAAUAACAGACAGUGAGGAAAAACGGGAGGAAUGGGAGAAAGUCAUUCACCAAAGACUUCAGGCCUUCUUUCAGAAUUUUGAGGCACAGCUAUUGGAGGUUCAGAGUAAUAUGCUGAGGUUGGCAGGCCUGGGUACUUUGGAAAAGAUGAUCUACAGUAAGGAGCCAGCACUGAAGGACCUGCCUACCUCUGGAUUGUUCAACCUUCCGAUCAUGUGGAGCUUCACACAGAGGAUGACCAUCCAGCGCUUCAGUCACUUAAUUGAGCAGGAAGAUGAAAGGAAAAAUGUUCCUCUUCUCUCAGAACUCCUAAAAAGCUUAAUGAAGAGAAUUGUAGAGAACCCACAGGUAACAGCCGAGCUGAAGGAAAAAGAUGACUUAACGAUCCUGGACCUCCUACCAACAGAAGGCUCCGUGGCUCAGAUUAUAACAAAGUACCUCGUACAGAAGAACAAGUUCAUAGAAAAGACCAAUCCGACAGCAGACAGGGUGAUCACUGCUCAGGAGCUCAAGCCUUCCCAUGUCAUCACUUGUGUUCCUGAGCAAGACUUCCUCACUAUUGCCAUUUCAAACAUCAACCACAUGGUGUACGAGGACGGGAAACAGAGCACCAACUAUAACUUUCAAACUGUGGAGCGGCAGAUAAUAGAUCGAUUCUUCAAAGAGAAACCCAUGAUCAAAGUCACUACACUUCCAUUAUUUAAACACAACACUGGAACAACGCUGCGUGCCUUUUUCAGAACAGUGCAGGACAAGCUAGAACCCUUGAAAACCAAGGAAAGGAACUGCAUCAUGAAUGAUUUCCAGUUUUUGAAUGAGAUUUCUGCAGCUCUCUCCACCCUGCGGAUUGUUAUUGGAUUCCUGAAGCUGUCAUUUCCUGCACCAGAGCAGAAGCUCAUGGCGUAUGUAAAGAAAGACCUGAAGCUGGACGACAGAGCACAGUCACUGAACUUGCAGGUGCUGAGAUCCAGCCAGGUGAAGCACAUCCAGGAUCUGUGGGAAGCAUUAUCACUGAGACAGUCAUCACUGCUCAUCGAGAUGAAUCAGAAUCCCUUUAUCAUGAUUGAGGAUCGCAGUUUUCAUGAGAUGUUCACAGACGACCAGAAUAAUGAAAAUAAGACAAUUCUGGCAAACAUCACUAACUUGGACGUCCUCAUCACCGAGCUUCACUAUGUGAUCCUGAACAUCAAGCUGAAAGAUGUCCGUCCAGACUGGACAGUUCUGGAAACAUUUGAAGCCUUCCUGGAAUACAGAGAGAUCAACGAGAAGGCCAUCGACUGUCUGAGGGAUCUUCAAGAUAUAAGGAUGAGACACAGCAUCGCUCUGUGGAAACUAGCAGUGCAGAUCUAGAAAGGGAUAAAAGACAGUGAAUCUGUGUGAAAUGAAGCUGUAGCAGUCAGCUUCGGAGUCAGUAAGAACACAGGACAAAUCCCGCUCAAGCAUUUUAUACUGUUGUCCCUUUUUAUAAUUUAAAUGUUAAUCAUGGUCACGUA